ACCGUUAAAUUAGUUUCUUGCAACGUCAUUUCAUGGCAGCAAAACAUGAUCCUCUCUCUACUGUAAAUCCAUGGAGGAAUUCUAGAAAAAUCAGAAACCUUCAAAAUGCCGGCGAAUUAUCCUUAUAUAUGUCGGACGAGAUACAACGAAAAUCUGUUCGGCGUUUUCUAUGGCCAAAAUCCGUUAAAAUCCUCUUUCCCCCUAAUUAUGGUGGAGCUAACGUUUGUCAUCAUUGUCUCUCGCGUCGUCCGCCUCCUCCUGAAGCCAUUCGGGCAGCCCAAGAUCAUCUCGGAGAUCAUUGGCGGAAUUAUACUUGGGCCAUCUGUGUUAUGCCGUAAUGAGAAGUUUCGAAUGUAUAUGUUCCCUGAUAAUGGGUAUUAUGUGAUCAAGAAUAUGGGAAUUGUAGGAUUCAUGUUUUAUCUCUUUAUAUCUGGUGUGAAAAUGGACAUAUUUGCAGUACGGAAAGUGGAUAAAAAGCAUUGGUACAUUGCCCUGUUUGGGGUGAUGGUGCCACUUUGUUGUGGCGUAGCUGUUGCAUUUUAUUGGAGGAAGUCUAUGGCUCCCGAGCUGGUGAAAGCUUCUGCGGUUAUGGGGAUAACCUCAUCUUUGGCUAUGACAGCCUUUCCCGUUCUUUAUCCAAUCAUGAAGGAGCUCAACUUACUCAGCUCUGAAAUUGGGAGGGUGGCGCUAUCCAUUGCAGUGAUCGGUGAUGUGAUAGGAAUGAAUGGUGUAGUUAUAUUCGAGGCCUCCAAGCAAGGUGAAAACCGUCCUAUAGCUACUUUAUGGUACAUCAUCUCGUUGGCUGUGGUUCAAGCGUCUAUAUUUGGCGGUGUGAGACAGUUCAUGAUAUGGAUUAUCAGGACAACCCCUGUAGGGAAGCCGGUGGAUCAGGUGUAUGUGAUUGGCAUAUUGUUGGGAGUUUUUGUUGUUGGUUUUGUUGCUGACGCGCUGGGGCUUGCUAUUGCCAAUGGGCCGUUGUGGCUUGGCUUGGCCGUGCCUGAUGGCCCUCCGUUAGGAGCCAUUCUAGUGGAGAAAAGCGAGACCGUAUUGACCAACAUUUUCAUGCCAUUCUCUUACAUGUAUGUAGGCAUGAUAACAGAUCUUUCGUCCAUGAGCGGCCAUUGGGAAUAUCUGCGGCCGCUGCUUUAUGUGGUCUUGACUGGAUACAUCAUGAAAAUGGUGUCCACUCUUGCCAUUGCCCGUUUCUUGGACUUGACCAUUAGAGAUAGCCUCACUCUGAGCCUGAUAAUGAGUUUGAGGGGUGAAGUCGAGUUUUUGUUGUUUAUCCAUUGGAUGGAUUUCAAGAUUCUGCAAGUCCCAGAAUUCACAAUGCUGGUCCUGUUGACAAUAGCUGUGACUGUUAUAGCUGCGCCCUUGAUCAGGAUACUCCAUGAUCCUGCGAGGCCAUAUAUGCUGAACACGAGGCGCACAAUACAACACACUUUUCCUAACAGUGAACUCCAUAUUGUAACGUGUGUCGAUGAGGAAGAGAAUCUGUACGGAGUGAUGAAUUUACUAGAGCUUCUUAAUCCAACUGCUAGCACUCCUAUUGCACUCCAUACUUUACGCCUAAUUGAGCUUGUUGGUCGUGCCAACCCAGUGUUCAUCGACCAUGAAAGUGAAGAGGAAAAUGGAGCAGAAGGAUGCAGAUUCAGUUCAAUACAUAAUGCUCUAAAGAUUUUUGGUGAAGCUAGAGGUGAGUACAUAACAAUGCAUUCUUAUACAGCAAUUAGUCCUAAGAGAAGCAUGCAUCAAGACGUAUGCGAGCUAGCUCUUACUAAGCAAGCGUGUUUGAUCAUUGUACCUGUUCCCCAUAUAAUAAUUGAUCACACGAGAGGAACGCCGGCAAGGAAUUCAACCUCUCAAUCACUGAGUUUUAACAUGUUGAAACACGCGCCUUGCUCGGUAGGAGUUCUAGUGAGCAAGAAGGAGUACCCAAGUCUUAUUUCUGGUGUUUUGAGAAACUCAAUGCAUCACUUUAUCCUUCUAUUCAUGGGCGGAGCAGAUUCUAGAGAGGCACUUUCUUAUGCAGACCGUGCUGCUGCUAGAUGUCCGGAUAUAUCACUCACUGUCGUCAGAUUUCUCUCGCACGAAAACGAGGGAGACAUCGAAGUGGAGAAGAAGCUUGAUGAUCAAUUGGUGACGUCUUUUUGGGUGAAAUACGAAGCAAAUGAGCAUGUCGUCUAUCGAGAGGCAGUGGUGAAAAACGGGGAGGAAACUCUGGCUGUUAUUCAUGCAAUGAAUGACGUGUGCUAUGAUCUUUGGAUCGUGGGGAGAAACCAUGUAAAUCCUGUUCUCAUUCAAGGACUAUCGAAUUGGACUGAAAUCGGGGAGUUGGGAGUUAUUGGAGAGUACAUCGCAUCCUCUGACUUUAGCAGUAGUAACGCUUCAGUUUUGGUGGUGCAACAGCAAAUAUUAAGAGGCCAGAGAAAGAAUUCAGGUAGUCUAGUUGGACGAUUCUUGUUAAAUCAAAAUUGGAAGAAGUUAGUGCAUAUGUAACCCUUAAUUAGGCCUUAGGAUAUUACUGACACAAAUUUAAUACGUGAAGUUUUUUGAUCUACUUAGUUCCGGGAUGCUGUAAAUAGAUGUCAUUUUCUUCAUGUAACCCCAACACCCAUUCCAAAUUGUGGCAA